CAUUACACACAGUCAACGACGGAAAGCGUCAGUAAAUAGCGAGUAAGACGUGCGUUCCCUUUCCAUAAAUCACAGGGCUAGAUACUGUAUCUGUCUUUCUAUUUCUCCUGACACGUAGGGGAGGGGCAAAGGGUAGCUGCGAAUGUCUAGGCUGUAGUACUACAGCGAGCGUCAAUAGUAGGAGCGCUCAAGCAUAGUGGAGUGGUAGCAGGGAACAGAAAACGCAACUACAGCCUACAGUUCGUAUCGCUGUCUUUUAACUAUUUUUAAGGAAUUCCUUGCGCUGGCUACACAUCAAGUCUCUCGGAAGUAUGUCCAUUUAGUUUUCCUGAUAUAUCACCGACUAAGGUUUUUUCUUAUUUCUGGAAAGGAUUUACCCGUGAACGUUAACGCUUGGGGAAAAUUCUCUGGAGAACCUCAGGUCCAAGGAGGCCGACUGAAAGAGACGGGAUUUUCAGUGGGGUUUUUUUGAGCAGAACUGAAAGUCCCAUUCUCAGAUCUCACCAGAAUUCCCUGCAGCAGAGAAAGAGAGAGAGAGAGAGAGAGAGACGUCAAAACCUUUCGUUUAUUACUUGUGAGCUGGGAGUACAAACCUACGAGCGCUCCUUCCAGGACUACAGGAAGCGAAAACAAACACGAGGAAGAAGAUACCUCGCUUCAUGAAUUCCACAGAACCCUGAAAAAACAAACGCAGCAAGAUAGUGGCCAGCGGCCUGAGGAACCAUGAGGACGAUGGCUGUUCAUUUGCUCCCUCUUCUGGCCUCUGCUUUCCUACUGGCCGGCCUCGCCUGGAAGGCCGCGGCGGAUGAUGACGACGACGUCACCCCGCGUUUGAGCUUCGCGUACAAUGCGAAGGAGAGGUCAGCCAAGCGGUUCUCCGCAGACGGAGUCUUUAAUUACACCUCCCUGCUCCUCAGUAAACAGGAUCAGACGCUCUAUGUCGGGGCCAGGGAGGCGCUCUUCGCCCUCCGCCUCUCCGACAUCGGCCGCGGCGAGCUGCGCAAGAACUUGACGUGGAGCACUCCGGAGAAAAAGAGAGAGGAGUGCAGAUUCAAAGGCAAGGACCUGCAGACCGACUGCUUCAAUUACGUCAAGAUCCUGCUGCGGCUGAACGCCACCCACCUGUACGUGUGCGGGACGUACGCCUUCAGCCCCAUCUGCGCCUACAUCAACACCUCGGACUUCUCUCUGGUGAGGAGCGGCGCCGGGGAUGUGGUGACGGAGGACGGCCGAGGCCGCUGCCCCUUCAACCCCGAGUACAAGUCCACCGCCAUCAUGGUCGUCUCUCUCUCUGUUUUUGUGCUUGUUUACUCAGACCCUGCUUUCGUGGGAUCGGCGUACCUCCAGGAGAGCUUGCCCGAGGGCAGUGCGGUCGGGGACGAUGAUAAGAUUUACUUCUUCUUCAGCGAAGUGGGGAAGGAGUUUGAUUUCUUCGACAACACGAUGGUGUCGCGCAUCGCCCGCGUGUGUAAGGGUGAUCUAGGGGGUGAGAGGGUGCUGCAGAAGAAAUGGACGACUUUCCUGAAAGCGCAGCUCCUGUGCUCGCUCCCGGACGACGGCUUCCCCUUCAACAUCAUCCAGGACGUGUUUGUGCUGACGCCCAGCCAGGAGGACUGGAAGAGCACCGUGUUCUACGGAGUCUUCACUUCUCAGUGGUAUAGAGGAGCACACGGCAGCUCGGCAGUGUGUGCCUUCACCAUGGAGCAGGUGGAGCGGGCGUUCAGCGGCCGCUACCGCGAGGUCAACCGCGAAACGCAGCAGUGGUACACCUACAACCACCCCGUCCCCGAACCGCGGCCCGGAGCGUGCAUCACCAACGCCGCCAGGGACAUGGACAUCCACUCGUCUCUGCACAUGCCCGAUAAGGUGCUGAACUUCGUGAAGGACCACUUCCUGAUGGACAGCGUCAUCCGCAGCCGGCCGCUGCUGCUCAAGCGCAGCGUGCGCUACACGCAGAUCGCCGUGCACCGCGUGCAGGCCCUGGGCAGGGCCUACGACGUGCUGUUCGUCGGCACGGAUGACGGGAAGCUGCACAAGGCCAUCAACACCAAGGUGAAGAUGCACAUAGUGGAGGAGAUCACCCUGUUCUCCCGGCCCCAGCCCGUGCAGCACAUCGAGCUGGACGCCGAGAAGGGCCUGCUCUACGUGUCCUCCUACUCCGGCCUGGUGGAGGUGCCGGUGGCCAACUGCAGCAACUACGGCAGCUGCGGGGAGUGUGUCCUCUCCAGGGACCCGUACUGCGCCUGGACCGGGCGCCUGUGCCAGGACAUCAGGGAGGCCCCGCCCGGGAGCCGCUGGCAGCAGGACGUGGAGGAGGCAGACACGGUGGCCAUCUGCAAUAAGACGGCGCUCGUCCCUCUCCUGAGGUCCAUGCCCACACGCUGGACUCCCUGCAAGGUUAUCACCGUACCCGCCAACUCCUUCAGUGUGCUGCGGUGCGAGCUGCGCUCCAACCUGGCGGAGAGGAAGUGGGAGUACAGCGAGAGCGCCGGCCGCUUCCUGUACGCCAGCCCCGAGGGGGGCCUGGUGGUGGUGGCGCAGGCCGAGCGGGAGGAGUCCUACGAGUGCUGGUCCGUGGAGAAGGACUUUCGGCAGCUCCUGGCCAACUACUGCGUGAGGGCGGAGCCUCGCUCGGAGACCACCACCCUGACGGGGCGCUCGCGGACGCCGUGGCUCCACCACGAGGACUCCAUCGCGUUGCCCGGGGAGACGCGCUCGCUGCAGGUCAACACCAAGACCUACUGGAACGAGCUGAUUGUGGUGUGCGCCCUGCUGGGCUUCUCGCUGGUGGUCUUCUCCCUGUUCGUGGUCUACCGGAACCGGGACCGCAUGAAGUCCAUGCUGAAGGAGAGCGAGUGCCCCAACAUGCAGCAGAAGAAGCCGCGGCUGGCGGGGAAGCCGGUGGAGAGCCUGCCGCUCAACGGCAACACGGUGCCGCCCUCCGCCUCCGACCACAAGGGCUACCAGACGCUCAACGAUAACUACAUCAGCAGCAGCCCCACCCACGAGUCCUCACCCGACCUCAGCAAGAGCUUCUCCGAGUCCGAGAAGCGGCCGCUCAACCUGAAGGAGAGCCGCGUGGAGAUCUCGCCCACCUGCCCCCGGCCGCGGGUCCGCCUGGGCUCCGAGAUCAAGGACUCCAUCGUGUGAGGUGGGCGUAGCCAGGCGGGGCGGGGCGGGGGGGCGGGCGUAAGAAGGGUGACCGCUGGGAAAUGGAGGCCACUGAAUUCAGACAAACGGACCCUGAAACCUCCGGGCUACAUUGCGAGGGGUACCUUUCAUUUUGCUUGCGCUUCAUUUCCAUUCCACGUCACCGCAGGAGCACUUCCUGUUUCACAUCCAAAGCCACGCCCCUUUUUCUGAGCAUGCUCGAUGGCACGGCAGGGGAGGGACGAGGGUGAUUCGUUGUUAUGGUGUUGAGGGGUCACACUUCUUUGGUUCCCGUUGUGGGUGUGGCCUGCACCAAAAAAAAAAAAAAACGACGACUCAUCCUCUCCAGUGUCGCCGUCCCCCAUUUCAGAGUCACGGUCUCCCCAUCAUUCCACCUUCACCUCCUGCGUCCGCAUUACCCGAGAAGAGCGUAAACGGAGGCAGGUUGUGAAGAGAGGCGGGACAAACGCACGACCAGUGGACGACCGGCAGCGGUAAGCUGAUCCGAUAAGCCAACCAAGCGGCAUUACGCCAGGAGGUGAAGGUGAUGCGUCUAGUUUGCUGGAACUGCAGCCAGCGAAAAGAAGCUGCCAGUUAUUGUGCUGCGCCUUUAGUACAAAGGCGGAUAGCGGGAGCCAAACAUUAUAGCCAGAGAGCAAAGCGAAUGAAAACGAGGCUGGAGAGAGUCCCCGCGAGGGAAAAAAAGAAAAGGACUUCGCAGAAGAGAAAGAUGGAAAAGAUGCGGCCAGCGUUUGAACACGCCCGCGCGGUCUAGUACCAAACUGCAUCUUGGGUGUUACCCGUAGAGCGCGUACGUACACGCGCAUUAUGCAAAACCCAGCCCCCGAACAUCGCGCUCAUCGCGGCUAGCCUGGUAAACGGGGGCCUGAGAGUGUGCACACAGCUGUUCAGUAUUAAACCCCAGAGGCAUUAAACGCACCUGACGCGCGCAACUAACUGACCUUCCGCCGUUCCGGUGGGAACGCUCGGACCAGUAGAGUAGUGUCUCCUCGGAUGUUGCUUUGGCCUUGCUACUGUACAUGGGAGUAUUUGUAGAAUCGGGAAGCGUGAGCGGGAGAGGACGUUGAGCGCUUUCCCAAACCGGGAGGACUUGAGUGUGGUCCCCGCAAGCUCACCACGACAUGACAGACUCAGCCAACAGCAGGGUCCCCGUUCUCCUACAUUCCUAAAAAAAAAAAAACAAAAAAAAAACACCGCCACUAAUGCACCCUGUGCCAGAAACUAGCAACCACUUGGAUUUAGUCUCUUUAUUUAAAAGUCCAUUUGCUUUUAUUUUUUAUCUUUUUUUUCAGUUUUUCGUUGUGACAUUCCUUGUCAUGAUAAUUAUUUCUCUAAAAUGAGCCCUCUUUCUGUUUUCUCUGGGUUUGACUGGACUGUUUUUGUUUUGGCGUUAAUUUAAAGAUGGUUUUGUCCAUGUAGCCACUCUGAGAAUGUGAAAUCUCUCUCCAUGGCUCACACCUCUGGGGCAGUGGCAGGGGUACAGCACUACCUUAGACCGAACGGCACCAACGCGACCGGCGUCCCGCCGCUGCGCUAACCGUUACCUUCCAGGUUGGACCAGCCCACAGGACGUUUUGGAACCUCGAAAGGGAAGUGGAUUUUGGGCACACGUUGAAAUUAAUGACAAAAAAAAUGAGAAUGGAUCCGGUCGUCACAAUAUUUUGAAAUAAAAUAGUUUGGAUAGUCAGACGUCACCUAUUUAACACACUGCCAUUUCAACCAUUUUAAAACGCGACAUUACUUUUCUAAACCGAACCAUGUUAAGUUAUACUGAGACUUCCUAACCAGCCAAUCUCAUUUUCCAAAGAUGGAUGUUAUUAAAUCUUACAGUGGCAAAAUUAUAAACUACACGUUAAUGCUAUUUAAAACUUGCAACCCAUGUGUUGUGGAAUGUAUUGGUAAAUUGAUUAAGAGUAUUCCAAAAAUGAAUCUGUAAUUAAAAUAUUUUUUGUCAUAUUUAAUUCUGUUUCGGUGUAUCGAAAUUUGUACAUGGGAGUACAUUUCACAAGUUUUGACAAAGUACCUUCAAAAAAGGCAGACUGCGUGCAAACAGUCACAGUGGAUAUGUGUAUAUAUAUGUGUGUUUGUAUUGUAUUUGAGGGAAGCUUUUUUCAGAUGUGUCUUUGUAUAAAUAGAACUAGAUGCUACACAGUGCUGCUUUAAUUUUGUUGUUUUUUGCACAGGAUACUGUACAAGCCUUAGUUUAAAGUGGGGCUAAUUGUCGUCAACUCUGUAGCAAGUUAUGGAAGUUAUGUUUUCUGAGAUGCCUUCAAGCUUAAUAUUGUGAAACAGUGCUGUGCUGCUGGGGCAAUCGGACCACUCCUGGCCUUGUGAUAUCAUCAGUCAAUCACCUUUGUGCCACAGAGCAGUGACCUCAUGCACAUCCCAAAUGUGGCCAGCUAGCAUUCAGUGCAUAACCGGGCAUGCUCAAUAUCACCAUUCAGGCCAGCUCCAUAGAGCAUUAUGACUCCAUUUUAAACAUGACAUGCAGAUUAUGAUUGUUGAAAAAUUGGUUUGUCUUCAGUCAUUGUCCUUAGUAAUACAUAAAUUGAAAAACAGUGUCAAUACAAUAACACACUGAUAACAGUAAUAACAGUAAACCAUGCUAUCUGGUGACCUUUCCAGCGAUGUACUACUCACUCUUGCCUGCGCAGCUCAAUAUGGGAUACACAAAAUUCAAAGUCAUGCCAAAAAAGGAUAAUUGUUUUGACAUUUCAAUUGUGACAACAAUGCUUGCUGUUUUGUUUUUUUUU